UCAUGAAAGACAGCACAAGACUUGUCGUAUGGAAUUCUUAUUUGCGACAAACGAGAUGGAUACAAGUAGCCCAGAAACAAUUUCCACAGACUAGACAGGUAUGCUCUUGGAUAUGACAAGAACCGUAACCACAAAAUCUUGAGGUUUAUAGAUGGCUACCUCACUUUCGAAAAACACGUUUUCGAUCGGGUUCGAAAUCUACCAUCAUAGCUCUAAUUCAUGGAGGGUUGUUGAUGUCACUCCGGACUGGAAUGUAGAGUUUUAUCAACGCGGCGUGUCUUUGAAGGGAAAUACUUACUUUUACGCUCAAGAAAAAUUAAUAAUGGAAGGAGAGGGACUGGACGACGUAGAAACAACACAUCUUCCCGUUUUUCUACUCUGUUUUGAUUUUACAGCAGAGAGAUUUGGACCGCGUCUUCCUCUACCGUUUCACUCUCAUGAUGAAGAGAUUGUGUCUCUAUCUUGUGUCAAAGAAGAGCAGCUAGCUGUGUUAUAUCAAAACUAUGCUAUAUGCUUGGACAUUUGGAUUACGACGAUGAUCGAGCCUACUGCGCUGUCUUGGAGCAAGUUUUUGAAAGUGGAUAUGAGACCACUCACUGGCUUUAAGUUAUAUGCUGAAGCUGGGAGUUUCUUUAUUGAUGACGAGAAGAAAGUCGCCGUGGUUUUCGAUCUAGACGGAUAUAAAAAGACCGAGACUUGUCGCUACCAAACAGCUCACAUCAUUGGACAAUAUGGAUACUUCAAAUCUGUGAAUAUCCGAGAAGCUCCGAAUCUCGGGAAACCUGACAGAUUUGGAUUUACUCUCUCCAUUUAUUGUGUCCCACUUGUGUGCUCUUCUUAUGUUCCAAGUUUAGUGAAGAUAGAUUAGUUAGUUCCAUUUUCUUAAAUUUGUUCCUUUUUUAAACAUUUCCAUGUCCUUUUGAACAAGACUACUACUGCUGCUAGUCGAUUAUUAAUUUGUUUUUGCUAUUAUUCAUCUCCUUGUUCAAGAGCUCUUUUCUCUGAAUAACUUUUCCCUCAUUUUUCUUCCCAAUUCUUAUUUCUGCCUCAUGAUUUACUUGUUUAUGUGAUCAUUCAAUAAUGUUUAAGCUAGUACUGCAAGGUUGUGAUCAUUCCUUUAGUGUUUCUUCUUUGCUGUUAUAGUUUGGGCUUUAUGCUGCUGUAACCAUCUUGAUGCGUUUUCUGGAGGGAUGUUCUGUUAUAACUACAGAGACCUUAUGUUUAGGACCAAAAUACUUUUCUAUAGCUUUGUCUUCUUGACAAGGUUACUUUUGGGGUGGAAAAUUGAUGAACUAAAUUACUUGUUAUGUAAGAUGAAAUUCGAAUACUGUAUAU